AGAGGCUGGAAAAGAAUCUCUUGUGACCUUUCGAAGUGUUUUAUAGUCUCUUGUUAGAGUUCAGAACUGGUGGCCCACUCUCCCCUUCCCUUUCCCCUGUUUCCUGUGUGGCCAAUGCGAGGGGGAGAAAUGUCUGGCAGCAGAGCAAGGAAGGUCCAGCCGUUCACUAUUACCACCAAGCUUUCCCAACCCAAGUGCUCCCUGGACUUUCCAGGAGACAGCUGCCCCGACAUAGCUGCUCUGGAUAAUCACGCCCUGCACCAAAACCUCAAUGAGCGUGUGUCUCUGUAUCUGACUCAGGCUUCUCCCGUGUCCUCUGAGGGUAGGUUUGACAGCACCAGCCCCAUUGAGGUGGCCACCAAUGAAGAUCGCAUCAACCGCAACUCCCUGUCCCGCUCUAUCAAGAAAAUCACCUUGUCCAACUGGCACGGAGAACCUAAUCCAGGGGAGGAAACAUCAACUCAUACCCGUUGUGAGAGGAACUGCAACAACAACAACUGCAGAACAGGGAAAUCACAGUUUAAGGUCUUUCUCAGAAAAGAGGUGGAAAUAGAAGAAGAAAAGCAAGACUCUAGGAGGCCCCAGAUGUCAAGCUGUGCUGUUGCAGGUCCCUGGAAGGAGAAUGUCAAGAACAUACAGGCAGGCGAAGUAGCAGGGCUGAAGCCUUGCCUCCAGAGCAGCCCAGGGCUGGCUGACCUUUCCAAAUGGAGCCCUCACAUAGCUCAGUUCAACUGUGACAUGAUGCAGGCUGAGAAAUGGGUGCGAGCGAAACUCCGAGACCUGAAGGAUGGUUGCAGUAUUCAGGAAUGGGAGCGGGCAGCUCAGACGUUACAAAGAGACAUGAAAGACUUCGAGAAUACCAUGAUCAAACUGAACCAGAUGGGUGACCAGCUUAUAGUCCAGUCAAACUCCAGUGCCGAGAUAGCGAGGCGACUACAAACCCUGCGUGAACAGUGGCAACUGCUGAAGCAGAUGGCAGCAAAUCAGAGCAAAGCAGUGAGUGGACUCAGAAACUUACAAGAGUUCAACCAGAAAGCUGAGCAACUAGAAGCUUGGAUCAGGCAGAAGGAAGAGAAACCUUUGCUAACUGCCCUGCUGCAAGAGAAUGCAGACAAGAUUCAGCUUACCCGACGCAUCCUUGACUUGAAACAGGAGGAGCAGCAGUUCCAGGCCCUGCAUGAGGAAAUGAACAGCCUGGCUCACAAACUUGAGAAGCAGGGGAAGAGCGAGAGCAGGAGCAUUAUGGCACGGCGCAAGCAUCUCAAUAAAAUGUGGCUGCGUCUCCAGGGGACACUGAAGGAACACCAUGAAACCCUGCAGCUGGCUCUGGAAGCAGCUGCCUUCGUCCAGCAAGCAGAAGUGCUCCUUGGGGCCAUCCAUGCAAAGCGGAGGAAUCUCUGUGGAGUAGGGAAACAGAGGGAACCUGAAACCAGCCCAGACCUGGAUGUCAGGGAUAUAGCUAGUCAGGUCAUGAUGCUGGAUGUAACCGUGUCCCAGUUGAUAAGCCUCCACCCCAGCCUAGUAGCACGAGUAUCUCACAAGCAUCAAGAUGUGAAGGAGAGCUGGGCCCAGCUCCAGCAGUUAUUGAGGAGAUCAAUUGAUUCCCCAAAUCGUGAACAAAUGAAGAUCACGUCCAACAGUGCAGGGAGAGAGGCUGGAGGAAAACCUGUGUGGGAGAUAUGGAAGGACAUCCAAAGAAGCCAAGAGGGCAGCACGGACUCACCAGGCAAGGAGGCCAUCACCAGUGACGGCAGGAGGAGGAGAAAGAAGCUUCUCUGGCAUUCAAAUGCCUUGAAGGACCUGCCCCAGCAGGAGGCACACCUUCAGGACUUCUGCCAGGUUGGUGAUGGGGAACUACACAGGUGGAGUCCUCAGAUGGAAGAUGCCCUUGGGGAACUGGAGGAUCUAUGGGAGGAACUGAGAAGGCGGCACCAAGAGAAUGGCGUGGCCCUAAGGGAGAUUGAUACAGCUCUGCGGUUGGUUGGGGAGGUAGAAGAGGCUGAGUGUUGGCUAGAAACUGUGCUAGGCUUGCUCUCUGAGCCAGCAGCAGCAGCAAAGAACCUUGAUGACCUCCAUGGAGACCUAGAGAAGGUUGGCACCCUGGAGAACCAAGUGGAGGCAUGGCAUAUUAAGCUUCGAGCCCUGCAGGAGGAUAUGAAAAUGGACUCAUCCUCGGAACACACAGCAGCUGCAAUGAUUCAUAGAAAGAUGGAACGAGUGAAGGAAAAGUUUGCCUGUGUGCAGGAGGCUCUCCAGCGCCGAACAUCAGACUUGAAAGAUUCCCUGAUUUUAACUGAGUUCUUGCAGAAUGUGCAUAUGGAAGAGAUGCUGAGUCACAGGAACCAAGGACAGGCAGCAGCGAACCAGCUAGGCUCCCAAGAGCCUCUGCAGCUCCUCAUAGCCCAGAGUGCUCAACAGCUGAGCAAUGAGGACAUGAGCAGGUCACUGGAGGAACUGCAAGAAGCAGUGGACAUGCUGAACAGUGUCGUGAAGGAGCGCGAGCGGGCCAUGGAGGCGGUGACCAAGACAGAGAACCUGAAGUGCUUUGUGCAGGCCUUGACAAGUGGGGAGGAAACUAAGCUGGCCUGGGUCACCUCACAGAUUGAGACAAUGAGGGACAGAGCAGAAACACUGGCUCAGGACAUCAUGCAGGCAGAGAGAAGCUUUGCCACAGUCAAGAGUGAGGCAGAUCUUCUGGAGCUGCAGGGGCUCACGAAAAGGCAGAAAGAGAUAGAGAGUGAAAUGUCUAGCCUGAGAGGGGACAUGGAGAAACUAGAGAGAGCCUUCAUUGAGCUGGAAGAUUGCUGUCUGAUUGAAAUGCCAAAUGAAUCCAGAAGAAUCAGUGAAACACUGGAGGCUUGGAAAGAUCUGCAAAAGCUGGUGUUGGGAAAUGCAGUUCAUGGACAGCAAGCUGCUCAUUUGCAGCAAUUCUUCAGAGCUUAUUUAGCCAUUAUCUCCUGGACAGAGGAUACUCGGGCACAGAUCUUCUCUGAGACUAUGAGUGCCCAUGGUCUCUCAAAAGCUCAGUGGGAAGACCUGGAAAGUAACAUGGAGACUAAGUUCAAGGAGUUUGAGGAGCUGGCAGCAGUUGGAUGGAAACUGGUAGCUGAGGAGCACAGCUUGAGUGAGACAAUAAAGGAGCGAAUGGAGGAGCUGCAAAGCAUGCUGGGAUGGGUGAUGGUGCGCUGGAAAGCACAGAGUUCCCAGAAGGACCCUGGCAGUAAGAGUGAUGGCAGGGAGACUCAGAAUGGCACGCUGAACGUGACUGAGCACUGCCAAAUUAAAGUAGUUCCUGAAUCAAGUGUGGGUGAAGCAAAUAGUAUCCUUAAUUCCAGUGUUUCUGAGAGGCCUCCACCUACCCUUGGCUCCCUCCCAAAUGGUUCAGCAGCACAGCAAGAGAGCAAACCGAUCUCCACUGCAGUGCUAUCUACCCUGGAUGUUCUUCCAGGGCACAGGCAGAGUUUGGAAGAAUUGGAAAACCACUUGCCCUUUGAGAUGGACGUCCCGAAGGAGACUCUGAUCCUAGAACCCUUGGAGACUCCUGUGCUGCUGGUGCCCCAGCCAGGCCCUGGCAGUCUGGGUGGCACAGUGAACUUGAUAUUGAGCAUUGGGAAGAAAGCAGGGAGAGAGGCCACAGGAGGCCAGGUUGGAGCAGCACCAUCAAUGGGACCGGAAACCUUGCACAAGCUCUCUGAAACUAAAUCCUCAGCCUGUAAAGCUUUCUGGAAACGUUGCCAGGGGCUUUUAGGAAAUACUUUGGGUAGUUUAAAGAGAAAGAAAAGGCCACCCCGCCAGCAUGCAGAAGAGGUGAGCACCUAUUUGCACGUGAAGGAGAAAGAGGGAGACAGAGAUGCAGGCAUGGUUUGUGGAAGCUCUACUAUGCUGCGGCCUGCUAAGCAAACACCUCCCGGAGCUCACUCUUCCCCAUUUCCCAGUCCUGGGUGGGGCACCUCAGCCUUCCACACCUUGCCCAAGAUCAGCUCCAGCUGCUUCUUACUGAGCCUGAAGAGAAAAGGCAGAGUGGAGGCAGAAGAUGCCCAGCUACUCACCUUGCAAGGGAUCAUGGGAACCGAACCAAGAGACCUGCAGGCAGGGCAAGGGGAGAGGCACAGCACUAGUAGCACCUGGCCCCCAAAGGGUAACAGGAGGGCACAGGCCUUGCAGGCAGAGUGCCCGGCACCCUGCAGAGAGUUGACAGACUAUGUGAAGAACCCAUUGGCACGGGCUAUUGACGCUGAAUGCGACUCAGUUAGGGAAGUAUCUGGAUGUCAUGUGUUCCCAAGAGAGAGCAGAGGUCUCAACAGCCCCCCGUCACUGGCAGAGCGGAUGAGCAACACAUGCCAGCAUCUUUCUCUUGGUUCUGUCCUGAGCCUGGAGCUCCCCAAGGAUCCCACAGUCCUAAGGAAUAUCCAUGAUACCAUCAGAGUAGCAAAAGAGGGAGCAGCAGGAAGGAAGGGAAUAAGCCAAGCCUGCCACGGAGCUCGGAGCAGCCCAGCUGGGGCAAAAGUGCAGGAGGUUGGUAGUAGCCUGCAAAAGAGGGUGCUCGGAGGGCAGCCAGUCGUGCACCAGAGGCCCCUCAGGCCUGAAGAUGCUCAUGACAAGCUUCCCCAGGGUAAGGGAGGCACAUGGUUUGAAGAGGUGAGCAUCAACCCAAGCUACAGCAGGCAGAAGGCCUGCUUCGUUACUCUUUGUGGAGAAGACAGGCAGAGUCCAACUAGCCAGAGCAGUCCCAGUGACGACUUCCUGCAUUUUAAGCAGAACCGGCUAUCCCGCAUUAGUGUCCUGCAUGAGCAGAUAGGUAUAGAGUGGGACAGACUAGCUACCUCACUGGGUACAACUGGCAGCUCCAAGGAGGUGCAGGUAAAGGGUUCGGCUGACCACAAAGCCAGAGAAGCAUCUCGGGUGAAGCUGAAGCCCUCACCUGCUAAGCACACGGGCAGCUCCGAUGCGGUUUCCAGCAUAGCCAGAGCUAAGAACCCUGCUGUGAAUGGGGCAGCAGAGAAGGGAAGCCUUGUGAGAACCUCACCCUCGUUCCUCCACCUGGGGGUCAAAUCUCCUGCCAAGCUGUCUGUAUUUGAAUGUGAACUAGACACCCCAACACCCUCGGAGCUGGACCCUCUUGUCCUGGCUGCUGGAGGAAGCACGACUAAAGGACCAAAGUUGCUGGAGGCUUGUCACCCUGCCCACGAGUUGUUUGAAGAGGAGGAAGAGGAGCUGCAGGCCAUAUGGAGCAACGUGGAGAAGCACAAGAAAAGCUCGGGAAUCCACAGCAGCCCUGCUGGAAAGGUGGAUAAGAUGCAAAGUCCAGACAGCUCUGGUGCAAGACUCCUCCGGGCAGCGGCAGACAAUUUGUUGGUGGCUAAGUUCAAGCUCCCCACCUCUGCUCAGCUGCUUCAGAGGUCUGAAGGAGAAAGAGGGACUAGUUGUGGCAGUCCAAGUCGCUGCCGGGCACCCAUGCCUUCUGGCCAGGAGCCAUCAGAAGGGGCAGUAGCUGCAGCUGUGAGGUCACUGCAGAAUACCUGCCCAGGGGCCCAGCAGAAGCUUCAGGCAGAGGGCAGAAGUAUUGGCAAGAAUCUUCCCAGUAAACUUGAGCUUCAGAUGAUGGAAGGAGCUUUGGAGAGGAAGCAUCUGUUGCAGGCAGGAGGCAAGAAGGCAAACUGUCGUUCCUGGAACACAUUCCACACAGUACUGAUGAGACAAACUUUGUGUUUCUACCAGGACAAGAAAGACACCCUCAAGCAGAGUUCUGUAGUGGCCUUGCCACUGAACCUCCGCGGAGCCGUUUGCACGCUAGAAACAGAGUAUAUCAAAAAGAACAACUGUUUCACACUACAGUUGAAGGAUGGCUCCAAGUACCUCCUUAGAGCUCCUACUGAGCCACUCAUGUGGGAGUGGAUUACCAAAUUGCAGCAGAACUCAGGCUUACCUGAAGUGGACUUUUUCCAGUCAGCUUCCCAGACUGCCCAAGAGACGACCUCUGCUGUUAGUGUGAUUCCUAGCCAUGGAGUUCCCCACUUGCUUGGCCCUCAUCAGUCUCUCACAGCCAAGAGCCAAGAGGCCAUACUCUUACCCAGAUCAAGUGUGAGGCUGCAGCUGCCUUGUGAAAAUCAGGAUGACUUAUUGGACUCAGCAGAAUCACGGACAGAAGACAGCCAGAAAUCUGCUGCCAUUUAUACCACAGAGCACAGUCUGAGGCACUGCUCUCCUACAGCAUCUACAAGGUCGCAGGAACCUUACAUUUUUGAGGAAGAGGACUAUGGGCUAGUGGCGAACAAGAGGCGAUCAUAUUCCUUUACCUCAGCUACGUACCAGAAGAUCACACCUUUGUCGGUGUCCAAGGAACCCUUGGGCCUUGGCAGCAGCUACUCAGUCACUCUGUACAUUGGAGAGCAGGUACCGACUCCUCCCAGGCCUCGCUGCCAUUCCUUCAUCGCCUCUCCUGGUGGCGCCCGAGAAAACUUGGGUGAGAGGAGCCAAGGCGCCUCGCCUCGCCAGAAGAACAAAUCUGUCUUCAGAAAGUUCUUUGGGAAGAAAGACUGAGAUACCAGCUCAUUCUCCUCAGCCCAGGAGUGGGAUUUGUGGCUGCAUGCAAGCGCUUGAACCUUCCUAGGACUGGACCCAAUGGCUGCCAGGGGACACUGUUAUGCUGCACCGUUGCUUGACAUUUGCUCUCGGUCUCUUCCCAAGGAGGUUGGGUGAGAGAGGUGGGACUGGUAGGCUCUGCACAGUGAAACAAUCCCUUAUCUCUCAGCCCCCCUAUGCCAUUUAACUCAACCCUGAUAGGGGCAGCAACCCCAGGGAAUAGCAGCUGAGAGGGUCAAAGGUCUUCAGGGAGAAAGGAAAUUAAAAUUAAAAACCACCUCAUUCAUAUUGUUGGAAGGUAGUAUAUUCCAAAUACCAUGGGCUUUUUCUCUACAAGCACAGAGCACAGCCUUUGUUUGACAUACAAGCUAAUAUAGAAAAUCAGGUAAUACAUUCCCAGGCACAUACAUAUUAAUACUGUAUUUGUAUUCAAGGCAGGGGUUGUGGAAGACUCAUGUUGCUUCUCUUCCUUCCUAACAAAUGUUUGCAUGGCCCAUGAGGGGAUCAAAAAAGGAAGCGCUUUCUCGGUACCAAUUAUCCUGACUAUGUUAUUUACGCAGGCAUAUAGGGUUGCCUUUUGUUUUUUUAACUUGACCUGGUGCCUUCGCAGAUAUUAGCAGGGGAUAAUGCGUAAUCUCCUGAUUUCUGCAGGUCAAGCUGCUGUAAAAUGCACAUGUCAACACACACACACACACACACACCCGGAGGCCAGGCCAAGGAUUAUUUUGGAUAGUCAGCAAACCUGAGUCAGUCCUAAAGUCUGCAGCAGAGCCCACAGCUGAGGAAUUAUUUCUUGGGCAAAUUGGUACAUUAUUAAUUAAGAAUGGGCAUGGAUUAAGGUUUGUGGAGGCUUUUGGAACUAGGUUUUUUUUUGCACCUCAAAAAGAACAAUUUCUGUACCUACCCUGUUUAUGGUUCAGAAAUACAGGGUGAGUUCUCCACUGUGUGUGUGUGUGUGUGUGCGUGCAUGCAAAAAACCUUAAUGUUCUGCUUUCUUUUCUCCUGCACUAUGAUGCCUAAUGCAGCAGCAAUUAAGACUUGUUAAAUAGUCAGUUGCAUCUCCUCAAGAGACAUUAACACCACAUUAAAACACCAGUUGGCUGUCUGUGUGUCUUCCUUCAAAGUGUAA